GAUAUAAGAUUUUAGUGUUUAUAAAGUCAAAGUCUAAUUAAGUUUGUUUAUAAUAUAAAAACCCAAAGAAAUGUACAUUUGUAAUUUGCUGUGGAAAAAGAAGUUCGCACUUUUGUUUUACGAUAAACUAUAAUUUCAAUGAGAUUUAUUUUUUUACAUAUAAAUGUAUUAAAAAACAAUACUACCAUCAAUCCAUCAUUUUUGGAAGAAAAGCAUGUUGAUUAAAGAAUAUCGUAUUCCGCUUCCUCUUACAGUUGAUGAAUACAGAAUUGCACAGUUGUAUAUGAUAGCUAAAAAAAGCAGGGAUGAAAGCAGCGGAGAAGGAAGUGGUGUUGAAAUCAUUGUUAAUGAACCAUAUAUGGACGGGCCGGGGGGUAACGGCCAAUAUACGAAAAAAAUUUAUCAUGUUGGAAGUCAUUUACCUGGAUGGAUAAAAAGUUUGCUGCCAAAAAGUGCGCUCACUGUUGAGGAAGAAGCUUGGAACGCAUAUCCUUUUACUAAAACGCGAUAUACCUGCCCAUUUGUGGAAAAAUUUUCUCUUGAUAUUGAAACAUAUUAUUUUCCGGAUAAUGGCAAUCAGGAAAAUGUUUUUAAAUUGAGUGGCUCAGAUUUAAAAAGCAGAGUUGUCGAUGUAAUUGAUAUUGUCAAAGAUCAGCUUUAUGGCGGUGACUAUGUUCAAGAAGAAGACCCCACCUUAUAUGUGUCGACAAAAACAUCAAGAGGUCCACUCGACGAAAAUUGGUUGGAAGAAUAUUGGAAUAAGGUUAAAGGGAAAACACAACCGACUCUGGAUAACAAAUCAUUAAUGUGUGCUUACAAACUUUGUCGUGUGGAAUUUCGAUAUUGGGGAAUGCAGACUAAAUUAGAGAAAUUUAUACAUGAUAUAGCAUUGCGAAAAACUAUGCUACGAGCACACAGACAAGCUUGGGCAUGGCAAGAUGAAUGGCAUGGUUUGACUAUGGAAGAUAUAAGGGAAUUUGAAAGGCAAACUCAAGUCUUAUUGGCAAAAAAAAUGGGUCAAGGUGUUAGUGGAAGCGAGGACGAAGAAGAGGAGGAAGAUGCGGAAAAAGAAAAUGAUGAAAUUUCAAUUGAAAAUGAUAAGAAAGAAAAUACAAUUUUGAUGGUACACCAAGACACCCCCGUUAUUGAGGACCAGAUAUUAAACAAAGAUGAUUGCAGCGAGGCUUAUAACAAAGUUUGUGAAAGCAAAGACAAUAAUGUUCGAAUUUCUAAUGCAAAUAUUGACAACGUAUCGGGAGAUUUUCAUUCACCAUUAGGUUCGGCACAAAGUUUCGAUGCACAGGUUGCGAAUUGGAGAAUGGAACGCUUAGAAAUAGAUUCCAAAUCUGGUUCAGAUGACGAGUUCUUUGAUUGCAUAGAAGCAAUUGACAGGGCUAAUUUGCAAAAAUGGAGCUCUUUAGAACUAUUGACAGAUGAGAAUGAGGGAGUCAAAAAAGAUUCUUUAAAAACUAGUGAAGAUAGUAUUUUCAGCACAGAAUUUCAUCAAAGAACAACUUCCGUACGAGUUUCAAAACUCCUACCCAAUUCAACAGGUAAUAUAGCAAACAUUCAAGACUCACCAGCUUUAAAUUAUUGUUCUACAACAGUGUUAAUACUUGUUUGUCAUGCUGGAAGUGUUUUAGAUACAACAAGUGAAAUUGGUUCAAAAAAAUCAGAUUUUACAACCUUCCGAGGCCACUUUGAAUCGGUCAUACGACAGCACUAUUCUUCGUUAUCUGAUCAUAUUGCUUUAAGAUUAGUCCCGUGUCCAUCAAUCUGUACUGAAGCAAUUGGAAUAUUGUCAAGUUUAAAUCCAUAUUCCUUUGAUGCUAUCCCGUCCUCGACCGACGUGCAUAACAUAAUUGAUUUACCGCUUGGAGCUAUACCGCUUUUAACAGAAAUUUCGAACAACUUUCAAGAAAGAAUUGAUCAACUUAUUUCUUCAGCAAAUUUUGUUUUUAAAGAUUUUUUAAAUUCAGAUGAUGGACAAAGUUUUAACGGUCAAGUGGUAUUGAUAAGCGACUCAAUGGGGUCAGUUUUAGCGUAUGAAGCACUAUGCCGCAAUUCAGAAAUUUCAAAAUAUGAUACAAAUCCCAAAGCAACAAGCAAUAAUGAUAUAAAAAUAAAAAAAUUAGAUUUUGAAGUUAACGAUUUUUUCAUGUUUGGAACACCACUCGCCGUCAUGCUCGCUUUUAGAAGAAUCCGGGAGCCGCGUUACAAUAUAACCAAACCUAAUUGCCAACAAGUGUAUAAUAUGUUUCAUCCUACUGAUCCGGCAGCCUCACGAAUUGAACCAUUACUUAGUGCACGUUUUUCUUCAUUAUCACCCGUUAAUAUUCCGCGGUACGCUAAAUUGCCAUUAGGAAGUGGUCAUCCUAUUCAUUUGUUAGAAACAAUACAUUCUAAUUCCCGCUUGUUUAACGAUAUUUACUCAUCAAAACAAAAAAGACUUUCCGAAGUGUCAGUACAUAGCUACUCCUCGGAGCAUAAUGAAAACUCUCUCAGCGCUCUCAAUAUAUUGCAAAAUAAGUGGUGGGGAACAAAACGUAUUGAUUAUGCUCUAUACUGUCCUGAUGGUUUGACUUCCUUUCCGACACAAGCGCUUCCACAUUUGUUUCAUGCCAGCUAUUGGGAAAGUGUUGAUGUUAUAGCUUUCGUUUUAAGACAAAUAAGCUGUUUUGAAGAAUUUCAAAAUACAAUUCUUCAGUCGAAUAAUGUGUCUACCUUUCCUGGGCAGGAAUGUGAAAAAUGGAUGAAAAAAAGAACAUCGGUUAAAAUUAAAAAUGUCGCCCCAAAUCAUAGAGCAAAUGAUGUAAUAGUUUUAGAAGGACAAGAACAAAAACUGGUGGCUAAGUUCAUGUACGGCCCACUGGAUAUGUUCACUUUAACUGGAGAAAAAGUUGAUAUAUAUGUAAUGGAUACACCCCCAGCUGGAGAAUGGGUUUUCCUUUCAACUGAAUUAACUGACAAAACUGGAAAGGUUACAUAUACCAUUCCAUCAAACAAAUCCUUAGGUUACGGAAUUUAUCACGUUAAGAUGGUUGUAAAAGGAGACCAUACAUCAGUUGAUUUCUAUAUGGCAGUUGUACCAAUGAAAACAGAAUGCGUCGUUUUUAGUAUAGAUGGUUCCUUCACAGCAUCAAUGUCUGUAUCAGGAAAAGAUCCUAAAGUUCGAGCGGGAGCAGUAGAUGUGUGUCGACAUUGGCAAGAAUUAGGUUAUUUAUUAAUAUAUGUUACUGGCCGACCAGAUCUACAGCAGCAACGUGUAGUGUCAUGGCUAAGUCAGCAUAAUUUUCCUCACGGUUUGAUAUCUUUCGCAGACGGACUGUCAACAGAUCCUCUGGGACAUAAAACUGCUUAUUUAAAUAAUCUUAUCUUAAAUCAUGGAAUAUCUAUUGUUGCUGCCUACGGAAGUAGCAAAGACAUAAGUGUUUAUACAAACAUCGGACUUCAGCCUAGUCAAAUGUUUAUAGUUGGAAAGGUGAGCAAGAAAUUGCAAGCAAAUGCGACUAUAUUGACAGAGGGCUAUGCAAAUCAUUUAAGUAAUUUAAAAAGUGUUGGAGGAUCAAGACCUGCAAAAGGAAACGCACGUAUGGUAAUUCCUCGAGUAUACUUUAAUUUGUCGGGUCAGAUAGUUUCUAAGAGAAAAAAAACAAAUGAGCCAGAAAUUAACUGACGAAAUUCUUCAUCAGAAAAUGUGUUGUAUACAAAAUACUUAGCAAAUAUCUGAUUCGUAUUCCAACAGCUAAAAGCAAGUCUUUAUGGGUACCUAUGAAUUGUUAUAUAAAAAAUCAUAAUACUGAGUACACCUUGAUAACUUCAAUUUUGUCACUUGGUUUCUUAGAAGUUCCUGAAGAUGAAUCAAUAACUGAAAAAGUAUAAAGAGUAUAUUUACUACAGAAAAAGUAUAAAAAUAAUUAGGUAAAAAGUUAUGAGGAAUAGUCUCAUUAAAAUAAAUAUCACGACUAAAGGCAAAUAUGGUAAUUAAAAAGGUACCUGGAAUAAAACGAUGUCCAAAUAAAAUUAAUUUAUAACUACGUAGAAAUAUGUUAAAAGAAUCUAAAAUAAUAUUAUGUAUAUUAAAUAUAUUGAUGUGGUGUAUUGAUUUGCGUUGAAAUUUAUUAAUGUAUAUUGUUCAUAUUCUUGAUAAAAUAUCUAAUGUAAGGUAAAUUGUGUUAGUUGUGAAUAUGUAUGUAAAGACAACAGUGUACUAUUUAUAA